GGAAAUCCACGAUUCGCUACCUUAUCCUCAGCCAGCCGCAUUCCCUGCGAGACGAGACUGUGGGAGCGCUGAGGCAGCCAAGCGUCAGCCGCGCGAAAAGAGGCGAGCGUAGAAAUGGCGGGCGCGACCUUCCUCUCGAGCGUGCAGCCCCCCGCGCUGCGCGGCGUCGCUGCCUCCUCUUCCGUAUCAUCGCCGGCGCAAAGGCACGCACACAUGCUAGUCUGCUGCAAGGGCAACGUCGAGGGCUUUGAGACCGCGGCUCAUGAAGAGCGUCUGCGAUUCCGCAGAAGGGAUUUCAUCGGCGGCUGCGUCGGGACAACCAUUGGUUUGGAAAUGAUUGACGGCUCUACGAGAUUCACGGGAGUGGCUACUGCUGCUGAUCUCAUUGAGCGUAGGCAGCGCUCUGAGUUCCAAUCAAGCACCAAAGACACCCUCUAUACAGCCAUAAAGGCUAAUCCAGAGCUCGUUCCAUCUUUGUUGACCUUGGCACUGAAUGAUGCUAUCACAUAUGACAAGGCCACAAAAACUGGAGGUGCAAAUGGAUCUAUCAGGCUAGAAAUAAGCAGACCUGAAAACAGUGGGUUCUCUGCUGCGUUGGAUCUGCUAGUUGAAGCCAAAAAGGAAAUAGACUCCAACUCCAAGGGAGGUCCAAUUUCAUUUGCAGAUCUGAUCGCAUUUGCAUCACAAUCAGCGCUGAAGAGAUCAUUUCUUGAUGCGGCCAUUGCCAAAUGUGGUGGAAAUGAAGAGAAGGGAAGAACCCUAUACACAGCAUACGGUUCAAAUGGGCAGUGGGGUCUGUUCGACAGAACAUUCGGAAGAACAGAUGCACAAGAACCUGAUCCAGAGGGAAGGGUGCCUGUGUGGAGCACCGCUUCUGUGCAGGAGAUGAAGGAUAGGUUCAUCGCUGUUGGGUUAGGUCCCCGUCAGCUCGCUGUGAUGUCAGCCUUCCUCGGACCUGACCAAGCUGCUACGGAGGAACGACUGAUAGCUGACCCGGAUUGCCGUCCAUGGGUCGAGAAGUACCAACGUAGCCGCGAGACUGUCUCCAGGACUGACUAUGAAGUUGAUCUGAUAACCACACUCACAAAGUUGAGCUCCCUUGGUCAGAAGAUAAACUACGAGGCCUACACGUACCCUAAGCAAAAGAUUGACCUGGGCAAAUUGAAACUGUGAUAGUUGAUUGUUGGGCAUCUCUUUCAGUCACAUUCAAGAAUCAGGAGCUUCGUGAUCUAGUGCUAUCCGGCUGCAUAAGCUGAGUGAUUUGAUUUGGGCAUUUGGCGGUGACGCUCAUGUCUCGGCUGCCUAUAAACUGUCAGAGUUCAGACAUUCUUUUCCGAUGGCAAUUAGGACGGCCGGCUAGAUGGUUAGAUUCGUUGUCUGGUUUUCUUUUUCUGAACUUGAAGAAUCAGACAUGAUUAGGAGAAGUGAGGUGUUCUGUAAACUAUUUUCUUGUGCCCACGUAUAUGUGAAGAAGCAAUCACUUCUCUCCUAUUUAAAAAUCCCUAAUCCAUGAAUUAUCAGACUUUUUCUGCCA